AUGAUGAACAUGAUGGAGGCCCCGGACUCGGACUCGGACGCGGAGUUCGCGGCCAAGGGCGCCAAGACGCCGCUCUGGUCGGGCGCAGCGUACUCCAGUGCCAUCAGCAAGUCCAUGCGAGCCAUGAUGACGAGCAGCAGGCUGCGAGGCGGGAGACACGCGGCGGCAGCGUCUGGAUCUGCUGCCAAAGAUGCAGGCGCAGAGCUAUUCGCUGAUGCUGUGGCCCGGAAGGAUAAGGAGAAGAUGCUGGACGCGCUGGCGAAAGACCCGAGCGUCUUGAGGCGAAGUGACGAGAAUGGACGAACGCCACUUCAUGUACUGUGCGGAAACACAUGCGUGACGGUGCAGGCGCUUGGUGUUUUUGCCGCUUCGCUUGCGGAGCUCACACUCGUGCAAGACACAAGUGGGGACUUGCCUCUCCAUCAUCUCUGUCGCAAUGCAACGUGCGACAUUGGCCUGAUCAAGAAGCUGGGGUCGGAUACUUCUGCUUAUGCGGCGAUCAAUGAUGAGGGCCAAACACCAACGCACUGCUUGGUAAUGACUGGCCCCAAACUGAAUAAGCCAGUGCUUCAUCACCUCCUCGAGAACUUUCCAACCACAGCACUGAUGCGAGAUUUGAACGGAGACUUGCCUCUUCACGUUUUGUGCCAGAACGAAAACCUUACCCGGGAAGCGCUCUGCAUGGUGCUCCACGCGCUCCCGGCAGGCAUAAAUACUCUUGAAAAGGUUUGCACGUCGUAUCGCCAUCGAUACGAGUUCUUGAGCGUGAACGGACAGUGCACGUGCUUUACACAAAGUUCCGAGGUGGUAUACGUGCAAACAAACGUCGCCAUGGAUUCCAAUACCGCAACAAAAGUUCUCGUCAACUUUUACACGCCAAAACCUAUUGUGGAUCAUGAACAAAGCAUGCUUCUUUGCCUGAAAACUGCGACACUGCAAAACGUGGGCCAGUUUGAAGAUCGGGGCCUCUGCCUGUUCAAUUUGAGCACCAGCCGGGAGCUAUACGACCAGCGUACGAUUGGCACUCAUGCCAUUCCGCUGAGCUCCUGUCCACCCGAGGCGGCAAGGACUUUUAUUGCUAAGGAAGAGUUUUUACCCACUCUGGCCUCUGAUAUGUGGCAGUUUGGGUGCCUCGUGUACCGCGUUGAGGAUGGCUCCGCCUUGCCGUCAUUCGUGACAAGCGAAGCCCCCUCGCAUGAUUUCGUCGGCAAAACUUUGCAGCAGAAGACGGAAGAUGCACUGGCCGACGGCACCGAACGGUCUCGGUCCGUCAAACACGCGCAAGAGCAGCUGGAGUUUAUGAAGAAGGAGCAGUCACUCUUGCGCCACACGCUUCUGUCAACAAAGUCGCAACUUCGGGACGUUGACCAGGCACGAGCCAACCUGCAACUGAAAAUGGCCGAGCUCCAGACUCAGAUGACGACCGAGGUUCAUCAUAGACAGGAGGCGCAACUGGAGGCUCAAUUGCUAGCGCGCAACCAUCAGGCCAUGACUCUCCAGCUGCACACGACAGUGCAAAUGCUGCUGAACCUCGUUCCACUCGCCCGCAAGGUCUACGGCGCCGCUGCGGACGAUUUCCUGUCGAGUGCACUAGCGCAGUCCACCGGAGUCGUUCCACUCAAUGCCAACCCAGCCGGCCCAGCCAGCCUACGACGCAAGAGCAGUCCCAUAAAGCUCCUGAAGACCCAGCUGCAGCACUCGGUGUUGGCCCACGGGUGCGUCCAGAAGUGGACCAACAGCACACCGCCCAGUGCAUUAGCGACGGCCAAUUCUGCCUCAGAAGACGCGCCCGACGACAAUGAAGAGAAGGCUCGAAGCCAGGCAGAAGAAUCGGGCGGGGCUGCUGCCGUGGGCGAGAAGGCCCGCUACCAGGAGAUCCUCGAGAUCACGCUCUGCUACGGCGUGCAGUGCCUCGCGCGCACGUUCUCGCUCAAGGGCAUCAGCUGCAACGAGCUGCGGACCAUCACGGGCUAUGACGCAGCCAAGACCCGGGACUUUUACGUGCGCCACGCGUCCCAGCCAAUUGGCAGAGAGGGGGCAGUGAUGCAGCGCUCAGCGGUGGGAGUGCGUGCCAAGCCGUCGCACUCGUGGAGAGACGGAGAAGUGGAGAUGCCAGACUUCCCGGAGCCGUCUGCAGGGGCUCAGAGCGGACCUCAUGCUGCUAUAGAGAAGGCUGCUGCCAGUUCAGGAGCUUCGAGUGGCGUGUUGUAUUCGUUGCCUCCGACAUUUGACGAAAUCGACUUCCACUCGAAGUUGCUCGGGAAACCGCUGGUGGAUUUGGCGUGGAAGGAGUUCACAAGCAGGGAGGGGUCGCAGAUCAAGACGAGGGAAGAGCUGGAGGAGAAGCUCCUUCGCAUGGACCAGAGAAAGUCGCCGACGACAAUCCCUGCGACUGAAUUGCCAGUAGCAACUUUUGCAGAGUUUCUAGGAGCGUACGUGGCAGAGUGUGUGCGUCAAACGCACAGCACGGCGCGGGCAAUCAGUGGCAUGAGUGUCGAGGAAGAUGGUGGACAGAAGGAGAGUGCUUACGGCCGACGAAGUGCGACGUCCAACUCGUUUAAUUCUCCAGUGACAGGCAGGCCUGCACGCAGCGUUUCAACCCCAGGUGCUGCAAUGGGGAAUACCAGGGUCUCGCAGCAUGUGGUUGCCGAAUCGGAGAGAAAGCAACGCCCUCUCCACUUUCAGCCAAAGCAGCGGCAGCCUCGACAGGUCCCCCGGUCGCUUCAGCAUGUGCAGUCCAGGGUUCAGCCCGACCUGGACGCUCGGCGACAGAAAAUUCUGCGAGUUAAGAAGACUCAGUCCCAGAGAAUGGCAGAAACCUUAGCGCGUGCUCGACUGGCUGAGUAUGAUGCGCGGCGAGAGUUGCAGGACGUGCGUGAUCGACGACUUGGCCCUAAGAAGAUGCCCAUCAGCGAUAUAACGAAAGGUGCUGCAGCAUUGGAGAUCGUGGAUGACUUCAUGAAGAGCCCACUUAUGGACAAGUUCGGUGGCGAUAAGCCACUUGCGUCGGCUUCCAAACAGCCGCCAAAGCGUCAAGAUCCACUGAAAGAGGAAUUGUAUGGCACGGCGGCACUGGAUAACUCUUUCCUUGGCUGCAAACCUGCACCGGAACCGCGACGACAAUCGAAGAACGCACCAAAGCAACCGAAACGCCACUACAACGGUUGGCUCGGCGAUUUCGGACCGAUCCAUACAAAAACUGUUCGACCUGAGUGGGAUGAGGACGACGCUGCAGAGCGUAGUCUCCCUGGUGGACAUCACGAGCCUGCUGAUGGUCGUGAGCAACAUGAAACCAUUCCUCGGGAACGCUUUGGACAAAAGAAGAACUACUACGACGAAGCCAGGGAUAAUAGCGACAACUUUGUUGACGACAUGAGCGAUGCGCUCAGCACCAACUCCGACCCUGUCUUUAGAUGGCUUAAAGAUGCCGUUUGAUUUUUCUAAAGUUUAACAACGCCAUUUACGUAAGAACUACCCGAAAUGCUACAGCAACGUUGAGAAGCGAGUAGAUGAAGUAAUAGAUCAUGAGAAGCUUGCCGUACCACACGGGGCAGCGAUAGUUGUGGUGCCGGAAAACCAGUAGCGACGAAAUGAGGGAUACGAAGAGGAAGCUCAGCGAAAUCCAAGCAUGCACAUCAAGUGCCAAGUCUUCACUGCGCCCGGAUACGCAUGCAUAGGCCAUGGGCAGUCCCAAACCAAGCAGAACGUUGAAGACUGGUCCACCAUAGCACCCGGCAAUAGCCAUUUGUG